AAGAAAAAAAGAAAGCCCCACUCCCCACGCCAACGCCAACGCCAACGCCAUCCACCACUCCACCCCACCCACCCUGGGCGGCGGCUUACCUGUCCCUCCCACACCUCCACCAUCCCCCUUCACUCACCGCCCAAUCGCGUUCGGCCAUGUCACCCUUCCUCCCCUACGCCCCCAGCGCACUUUAUCACCCCCCUCCCCCGGCGCACCCUAGCCCUCCCCCCCUAGCGGUGGCCACAUCAAAAUCCUCCCCUUCUCUCUCUCUCUCUCCGCCGCUCCCUCAGAUCUCCCUUCCUUCCUUCAUUUAUCUCCUGGGUUUUCCCCAGAUCUCGCAUCCUUCAACCGUUGUUUCCUCCGUCGUAAAUGGUUUCCUCUGCUAUGGAUUCUCCCUCGUCACCGAACGACGGAUCUCCUCCUUCCAAUCCCCUUCAGCCGCUGCCGAUUUCUACCCCUUUACCUCCUCCAUCGAAUCCGCCGCCUCAGCCUGUAGCCUCGGCGUCAUCUCGCCGUCUUCCGCCCCCCUGCUGGACUCACGAUGAGACGAUUGCUCUCAUCGAUUCGUAUCGCGACAAGUGGUAUUCUCUCCGUCGCGGGAAUCUCAAAGCCACUCACUGGCAGGAGGUUGCUGAUUCCGUUUCUCAUAGAUGUCCUAACGCGUCGCCGCCGAAGACCGCCGUACAGUGCCGUCAUAAGAUGGAGAAGCUCCGGAAACGGUACCGGACCGAGCUUCAGCGGGCCAGGUCUAUGCCGCUUUCGCGAUUUAUAUCGUCUUGGGUUCAUUUUAAGCAGAUGGAUGCUAUGGAGAAGGGCCCGUCGGCGAAGCCGGAUGAGUCGGAUUCCGGUGGGGAGGAGGAUGAUGAAGACGAGGAAGACGAUCAAGAACUGUACGAGGAGUUUAGGAACGCUGGGGCUUCUGCGGCUCGGAGUGUGAGGAAAUUGUACGGAAAUGGAAUUACCAGUGGGGGAAGUAACACUGGUGGCGGUGGUAAUGGCGGAGAUGGAACCGCUGCCGGAGGGUUUCGGAUUCGAAUUCCAACAGGUGUGAGUAUAGCGCAACCAGGGUUGAAAAAUUAUCCGAAAGCGGAACACAAGAUGAACCCUAACCCUAACUCGAAUCCAAACUCUGGGACGAACAUGAACCCUGCAGCUGUUAAUUUCGGAACGAGAGUCGUGAGGGAGUCGAAUCCAGUGAGGCCGGCGACGGGGAAGAGAGGGGAGAGGGAAAGGGAACGAGAGCCAGUUACAGAGAUGGUGUCCGCCAUUAAAGCUCUGGGAGAUGGGUUUGUAAGAAUGGAGCGGAUGAAGAUGGAAAUGGCCAGAGAAAUCGAAGCCAUGAGAAUGGAUAUGGAGAUCAAACGAACAGAGAUGAUUCUGGAUUCACAGCAGCGGAUCGUGGAGGCUUUUGCCAAGGCUGUUUCAGAGAACAAGAAGAAGAUCAAGAGAAUUCCUUCUCCAGGGUCCUAAAAUGGCUGCCCCCUGUUCAUUCCAUCGCCAUUCUUGAGCUCAAAUUAGCUUCAAUUCCAAAUGGGUUUUCAUCAUUCAUCUCAAAUGAUGACAUGCUGCAGAGAUUUUCAGGUUCUGUAAGUCGAAAAUGAUCUUAGUUAGGUACCUUUUCUAGUCAUUUCUCAUGUUCAUCCUACUUUUUUCUUCUUUUACAUUGUUUUUUCCUCAUCUUUGACUGGAUUAGCUAGAUUGUCUAAUCAAUGUAGCCAUAAAAACUUAGGUAAAUUCUCACAUAUAGAGGUAAAUUAUUGAGUUUGUUUGUUCUCUGCAAGUUUAGCAUGAAGAUAAAGCUUCUCCUCUGUGUUGUUCUCUCUGAA